GUGCGUAGAUAAGGCAUGCACUAAACGACAAUUAAGAUAUGAGAAACGCUCUUUAUCCCCCCAUUGGGUGUUGGAGUGGGAGGCAAAGACAAUGACAGAUUGACAGUGCUCCGCCCCAACUGUAAAACGAUAAUCUUAAGUACAAACAUUGUAAGCCCGACACGUCGCCUGACAAGUGUCGCGGCCAUGUUCGUCGUCCUCUUUCCUAUAAAAUCCCAGCCCCCAACCCACCAAAAACGUACACUUGGCUCUAAAUAUCUCAUGGCUUCUCGGCUCUUCGUUGUGGUGGUGGCGUUGCUUGCAAUCUCCACGGUGGGGCAUAGGAACCACUCGACAGACGAUGGUGGUGGUGGUGGUGGUGGUGGUGAUGAUUUCAAGGAAGUAAAGGAGGAGAAGGCGCCAGAGAGCAAAGAAGCUGCUUCGGAGUCGUGGGCUGGGUGGGCUCAGAAGAAACUCGCUGAAGCGCUUGGAAUAAAGCAUGAUGAGUCUGGCUCCAGGAAAACUGCCACGGAGAAGAAGAAGCAGACAGAUGAUGAGGAGCAGGUGAGUUGGGCAAAGGAAAAGGCGAAGGAGGUUUAUGAUAAAGCCAACAACAAAGCAGGGGAGACCGUAGAGGCUGCCAAGCACAAGUCCCACGACCACGAAGUCAAAGAUAAUGUUGCUGCUGGUGGAGGAGACCACCUUGAGGAACUUUGAGCUAGCUCAGCUGCUUCAAUUCACACCACCAUGGCUGUUUGCCUGUCGUCGUAUACAUAAAAGAGCUUGUAAUUCGUGUUGUUUUGGUGAUCCAAGGUUCAUUACUUUGUUUUAAUCUAAAACUCCCCUUAAUUUGAGUUCAAUAAGGAGUUUUUUAUUCCAA